CUGUCAUAAUUGCAUUUUGAUUGUACCGCGUACCGAUGUUCCAUGUUCCAUGUUCCAUGUCCAAUGUCCAAUGUCCAAUGUUCCAGCCCGAAGUUUUCCAAGUUAUUUACUGCACUUACGCCAAACCUCUUCUUCUGGUUGCGUUUUUAACUUAUUAUACACUACUUCUUCUUCUUUUUCCCAUUCCGUCAACUCGGAAGUUUGCAGUAGGAAUCCUGCAAUUUUUCGCCCUCGUUGCGACUCGUUUACUAUUGUAUUCUUCAUAUCUCUUCCAUCUUCUGUUUGUUUCUUUUUCUUCUAAGCUUGUAUUUCACUUGUGGUUCUUGUGGCGACCACCUAUCAUCUCAAAAUCCCAUCGUUCCCACUUUACUGUUAGCUGCGUUACUUUCGUUGUUGGCCUGUGGUUCGAGAACGCCACACCAAACGAACAGUGACAACGAGCAUAAUUGAGACUCGAUUGCUUUACACGAAUUAUACAAGGACAAAUUACGACCCAUAACAUACCCUGCUGGUGCUGCAGACAGUCAACUAAUUUUCGUCAUUUUUGUUGUGCCGCACCCCCUCUCAUUUCUUACGUGCAUCAAAGUUGACCGUUGACCGUUGA